AGGCAUAGUGCUCUUGCGUAGAGAAUACCAAAGACGUUGACCUGAGCUUUAGCGACUAGACGCAUUUCAGACAAAACAGCAUUAGCUUACCCUUGAAGACUCUACCAUUCAACAAACAUGGCGACAAAUAAUGAGAAGAAGCGCGGUUUGAUUAUCGUCUCAAACCGUCUUCCACUAUCAGUCAAGGAGGAAAAUGGUACAUACAAGUCCAGCUUAUCUAGCGGUGGUCUUGUAACAGCCCUAUCGGGUCUGACAAAGUCAACGAACUUCCGCUGGUUCGGCUGGCCUGGCAAGGCUAUCGAGGACCCAGACGAGCAGAAGAAGGUCUCGGACGCUCUGGCAGAGAAUAAUGCGGUAGGGAUUUUCCUGGGCGAGCAGUUGGCGCAAGAUCACUACAACAAGUUCUCGAACUCGGUCCUCUGGCCCAUUCUCCACUACCAAUCUGGAGUUGCCUUCAAUGAGGAUGCAUGGGAGUCAUACCAGCGUGUGAAUGAGAUCUUUGCUGAUACGGUCGCCAAAGAAGCCACUACCGGGGAUCUUAUCUGGGUCCAUGAUUACCAUCUAUUACUCUUGCCUUCUCUGUUGCGUGAGCGAUUGAAGAAGCAAGGCAAGAAUUGCCCCAUUGGAUUUACAUUGCAUACACCGUUUCCGGCGGAAGACUUUUGGAGGGCGAUUCCUGUCCAGAAGGACUUACUUAAGGGCUUGCUUGCUUGCGACGUGAUUGGGUUCCACACGGAUGAGUAUAGACGGAACUUUACUGAAAGCUGUGAACGCUGCUUGGGCGCCAAAGAGAAAGAAGGCCAGCUCGAAUAUGAAGGACACACAGCCUGUGUUGGCACGUUUGUGGUCGGGAUCGACCCGCAGAAGUUCAACGACUCCAUGCAAGAUGCAGACGUUCAGAAACGUAUCAAAGAGCUGGAAAGGCGGUAUGAGGGUAAAACCGUCAUUAUUGGUGUGGAUCGGUUGGAUUAUACCAAGGGUCUCGUUCAGAAGCUCGAGGGGUGGGACCAUUUCCUCAAGACCUAUCCUGAGUUGGAGGGCAAGGUCACCUUGAUUCAAGUGGCUAUACCCAGUCGUGAGGACGUGAAGGAAUAUCAAGAGCUUGAAAAGGAAAUUUCCACGCUUGUGGGUAAGAUAAACGGUGAACAUGCUACACCUGAUGGCACACCACUCAUUUACAUGCACCGGUCUGUUUCUUUCACUGAAUUGACAGCCUUGUACUGCAUUUCCGAUGUCUGUCUUCUCACCUCCCGAAGGGACGGUAUGAACCUCGUUGCAUCCGAAUAUGUGGCUUGUCAAGAGAAUAAGCAUGGAGUCCUUGUGCUCUCGGAACUUGCAGGGGCUGCCUCCUUCAUGUCUGGUGGUAGUGUUACCUUCCACCCAUCUAGCGUUCAGGAGCUAUCAGAUGCAGUUCACCAAGCAAUAAGCAUGGACGACAAGGAGAGAACGGACCGAUAUGAGAGUCUACGAGAAUUUAUCACCACCCACACAAGUGCUAAGUGGGGAGAAGCUUUCAUUGAAGCUCUUUCUCGUCAUACCCAGGAGUAACAACUCUCAUUUGCUGUCUUUCUUCCUCUUUCGUUUAACUUUAAACUUGUUCAUGGGUCUUUUCGUACACUGGCUUUAAGCCUUCCUGUUUCAUUGAAGCAAUGUUUUGUUUAUCUGAGCCUGGCGAGACUGGCGAAGUAUCAUGAUGUAACCAAGACUAAACUAGUUUAGUUCUAUUGCAAGACUUUCUUUCAUUUUCUCCUUUUGUUUCUCUUAGUUGUCACGCAGGUGUGAUCACAGUUCAAG